GGGGGUGGAAGCGCCGCCACCAUUAUCCGUCCCCGCUCCGAAAGUCGCUUCCCCGCCUCCCUGCCGGAGCCGGAGCCGGAGCCCGGGCGGCGGCGGGGCGCGGAGCGCCGGAGGAAGUGCGGGGUGAAAAAGAAAGAGAAACAGGCGGGCAGGGCUCGCCCGGCCGCGGCGGAGCGGCCAUCUCGGCUGGGAGCGGGGCCGCAUCCAUGGAGUUACCGAGCGGGCGCUCCUAAGGAGGGCCCGGGCGGCGCGGCCCCGGCAAUGACACCGGAUUGAGCCGCCGAGGGGGCUCUCCCGGCCGGGGACUGCGGGAGCAUCCCCCGCCCCCGCCUCCUCCCGCCCGUCACCCCAGAGACCGGCGCAACUCCGGGCGGACACUCUCCUGGCCAAGAUGGAAGAAAAACGACGCAAGUACUCCAUCAGCAGUGAUAACUCAGACACCACUGACAGUCACACCACAUCCACCUCCAGAUGCUCCAAAAUUCCGAAUACCAAAUCCCCCUGGUCACGGCAGAAGGAGAAGAAGCCCUCUGAGGUUUUCCGUACGGACCUGAUAACAGCCAUGAAGAUCCCUGACUCCUUCCAGCUGAGCCCUGACGAGUACUACGUCCUGGCUGAUCCUUGGAGGCAGGAGUGGGAGAAGGGUGUCCAGGUGCCAGCGAGUGCCGAGGCCAUCCCUGAGCCUGUGGUCAGGAUCAUACCCCAGCUGGAGAGCUCCCUUUCACAGGUGUCACCAAGCAGCCUGCCUGGCUCUGAGAUUUCAGAAGCCACAAGGACUUACUUGCAAGGAAUGAGCCGCUAUGACCUGGAUGAGCUCGAUGCCUGCUGGUUGGAGCUUGUUAAUAUGGAGCUCAAGGAGAUGGAAAAGCCCGAGCUGGACGAGAUCACCCUGGAGCGAGUGCUGGAGGAGCUGGAGACCAUGUGCUAUGAGAACAUGAACAUCGCCAUCGAGACCGAGGAGGGCUUGGGCAUCGAGUACGACGAGGACGUGGUGUGCGACGUGUGCCGCUCGCCCGAGGGGGAGGACGGCAACGAGAUGGUGUUUUGUGACAAGUGCAACGUCUGCGUGCACCAGGCGUGCUAUGGCAUCCUGAAGGUCCCCAUCGGGAGCUGGCUGUGCCGGACCUGUGCCCUGGGAGUUCAGCCCAAGUGUCUGCUGUGCCCCAAGAGAGGGGGAGCGCUGAAGCCCACGCGGAGCGGGACGAAAUGGGUCCACGUUAGCUGUGCCUUAUGGAUUCCUGAAGUUAGCAUUGGAUGUCCUGAAAAAAUGGAACCCAUUACGAAGAUCUCACAUAUCCCAGCAAGCAGAUGGGCUUUGUCCUGCAGCCUCUGCAAGGAAUGCACUGGGACAUGUAUUCAGUGCUCCAUGCCCGCCUGCGUCACUGCAUUCCACGUCACCUGCGCCUUCGACCACAACCUGGACAUGCGGACGAUCCUGGCAGACAACGACGAGGUGAAGUUCAAGUCCUUCUGCCUCGAGCACAGCACCGGUGCCACCAAACUGCCCGAGGAGGCGCGGACAGAGCCCGACCAAGCCCAGCUGGACUUGGAGAAGGUGACGCUGCGGAAGCAGAAGCUCCAGCAGCUGGAGGAGGACUUCUAUGAACUCGUGAAGCCUUCGGAGGUGGCGGAGAACCUCGACUUGAGCGAAUCGCUGGUGGACUUUGUCUACCAGUACUGGAAGCUAAAGAGGAAAGCAAAUUCCAACAAACCGCUGCUGACACCAAAAACGGAUGAAGUGGACAACUUGGCUCAGCAAGAGCAGGAUGUUCUCUACCGACGCUUAAAGCUCUUCAUGCACCUCAGGCAAGACCUGGAGAGGGUAAGAAAUCUCUGUUACAUGGUGACAAGACGGGAGAAAAUGAAACACACCAUUUGUAAACUGCAGGAGCAGAUCUUCCAUCUCCAGAUGAAGCUUAUUGAGAAGGAUCUUUACCCAGAACAAACUGGGAAGAGGACAAAGGGUAAGAAAAGUGACCCAAGAAGGAAAGGAAGAGAUGGUAGAAAAAAUAGUCCUGAGAAGACAGAGAAAAGGAAAUCAGUCAACGAAACUGUAUUGGGACAACUGGGCUUGUCAACCUCCUUCCCCAUCGACGGGACCUUCUUCAACAGCUGGUUGGCGCAGUCGGUGCAGAUCACGGCGGAGAACAUGGCCAUGAGCGAGUGGUCCCUCAACAACGCCCACCACGAGGACAGCACCCCCGGCCUCUCCGAGGAGCUCCUCCAGGACGAGGAGACCUUGCUGAGCUUCAUGAUGGACCAUUCCCUCAGGUCCCCGUUCAGGCAGAGCGAGGCCACAAAGAAAGUGAAAAGCAGAACGAGAACGAACACUAAGAAAAAGCUGCCGCGGAGCAGCCCCCCCGCUGUGGGCGGGGGCCACCCGGAGGGCUCGGAGCCCUGGACUACCAACGCCAGCAACUUGUUGGAUGAUCCCGCCAAGCCCUUCGCUCUGGAUUCCAGGCCGAGCAAGUCGGAGAAAGGGGCGGCGAAGCUUCCCACCGACCGCAAAGGGACGGGCGAGGCCAAAAGGGCGGCCAAGAAGGGCUCUCUCCAGAAAGCCAGCGAGCCUCACGCCCCUGCCGGGACACGGGGCUGCGUCAGCAAGGAGGAGGAGGAGGAGGAGGAGACGCCGCGCUGCGCUCAGCCCGAGCCCAGCCCCGCGGCCAAAGUGCCUGACUCCGUAGGUAGCCCCAAAACCAUCGUGCGGUUCAAAUUACCAAAGGAGAGCCGGGGGGCGCGGCGCUCGCAGCCCCCCAAGCCCGAGGGCGCCGGCGGAGCUCCCCUGCGUCGCUUCGACGCCGACACGGACGGAUACUUCUCCGACGCCGAGAUGAGCGACUCGGACGGGGAGUCCCGCGGCGGCCGGGCACAGCGGGGCCAGCUGGACGCGGCCGGCGAGGACAUCGUCAGGAUGAGCAUCCUGGCGUCCUAACUCCUCCCGCCACGAGGCCUCAACCCAGUUCCAACUGCCAUGUCCGAUUUCUGCCUGGUAUCACGGCGAGGGGGGUUUUUAAUAUGUGUAUAUAGUUGGAAGUUCGGCACUGUUGUCUUUCUCUUCUCGAUACGCCUGAGAUACAGCUUCAGCUUCACCGACAUCGAUGACUGUGACAGCAGCGGUCCCUCCCCGGCUCCCUGCCAGACCCCACUCCCCAGGAACGCGAGCCGGCGCCCGGCAGGACCGAUGCCGAGGGUGCCCGGAGGGUGGAGGGUGCCGGUACCCGUGCUUUCUGCAGGGAUGACAGUUCAAUUAACGGGCAUUAUUUAAUGAGGGGCAGGUUCCUGCCCGGGACGGUUGCCCUCAGAGCAGGGAGCGAGCAGAGGGUCCGGCAGUGAUCAGCUGUGGGAGGGGAAAUUCCCGCCCGUGUGUGCGGAGACGAGGAAGCAAAAUAAGCGAUACUAAAAUAAUUAAUGACUAAAGCACAAAAAGCUUGUUGGAGGAAAACGCUUGGGGUGGAAGAGAGCAAUGUUACAUUUCUAUUUUUAGGAAAAAAACCCCCUCGGUCAUUAUUUUUCCCCUCACCUUUCCAUCUGGUCGGGAUCCGUCCAGGGGCCAGGAUGCAAAAUUUCCCCCCAUCCCUGCCCCCAUUGAGGUCAGGAAAAUUGAAGGGAUUUACUCAGGUGAAUGGAUCAGCUGGCAGCAAGCUGGAAAAUGGAAACGUGGGGCAGGGUGGAGGAGAAAAGCAUCCUUUAAAACCACCGUGGGGAGUCAGGGUUGGUGUAACCUGGGAAGUUGAGCGAUUUUUUCUGCCCGUGCUUCUCUGUGACGCUGCCGUGGUCCCACCAUGGCGGGCUGGCACGUUUGAAAUCCCCUUUGCACACCAAAACAAUGGCCCCGAGGCCAAACGUGCCAUCACCGAGGGGAAAUGGCAACCCUUGGCAUCACCAUUGUGUUUUCCUACAAAACGCUACAGUGGAAAUGGUGAAUUUAUUCCUCUCCAUCCUUUGGGGUUUUUUUGUUUUUUUUUUUUUUAUUCCUUAAAUCCUGGUUACAAGCUGUUGACUCGUUGUGGAGGGGUGAUUCACAGAAGCUGACAUUAUAAAUAUUACAAUAAUUUAAUGCAUAAAAUGUCCCCAAUAAGCCUUAAAUGUUGUUUAAAAGCCCAUGUUACCUAUAAGUCAGGCGAAUUUCCAUGUUUGCACUUAAUUGCACCAUUACUUCGGUUUUGGCUUCAAAGGUCACAGUUAAGUCAUGCUACGUGUUUUAUUGGAGUGACCCCAGUGUGAGCUCAGGGAACAAAAAAAAAAAAAAAAGGAAUUCACUGAAACUUUUGUUGUUGUGGUCAUUUAA